UGUUGUCAUGGAGACGUCGUAACUAAAGAACUUCACUCCGAGGUUUUUUUUUUGUGUGUUACCUUAAAUUCUCCUCUUAGCCACUUGUUAGAGCUAUUUAAGCCAUGUUAGCUGAACCCCGCUGUCCAGCCUGUUUGGCGUCUGUUUAUUGUCGAUGGAAGCGCUCCGGCGGAGAGACUGACGUUAAAGAACCCCAGGUCCCUGAUGUAAAAGAAUGUGAAAGAAAAUCCCUUCUCCAAAGAAACAUCUUCUUUGGACUAGAAACCACAUUAGAUCUGACAUGGAAGGACUGGAUCAUUGGAAGAGAGUACACCAAGACACUGGUGAUAAGGAACAUCCGUAAUAAGCUGCAGAAGCUGCACAUUAGUGCUCCAGAGACCGUGUUUUUCUCAAUUUUGAAUCCUGAAGUAGUUCUUCUCAGCCCAGGGACUUCAUUCUCCUUACCGAUAACUUUUAAACCUCUCCAAAAGUGUGGGUAUGAGGACUCCAUUCAGUUUCAAGCUAUUGAAGGAAGCUUUAAAGUAUGCCUGCAUGCCUUGCUUUCAAGUCAUAUCCUGAAGGUGCCUGAAUCUGUGAUGCUCCCCCCAUGUGCUGUUGAGCACUGCACACUAACCAGUUUCCCACUAAAAAAUAUCAGUAAGGUUCAGAUGUCAUUUAAAUGGGAUAGUGCAGCUCCAUUCAUACUCAGUCCAGAGCAAGGCCAGCUAAAACCAGGACAGCAGUGUGUCAUCACGGUGGACUUUCAGCCGCUCGAGGCGCAGGUGUACCAGCAGCAGGUGCAAUGCGCAUAUGGAGAAGAUGACGACGACGCUGAUAGCUGCUGCACUGUGCUUCUACAAGGGAUAGCCAAAUAUCCAUUUCUUCAAUUAAGAAUUCCCAAUGACAAAGAGGAAAUCGGAGACGCUAAUAUUGAGUUGGACUUUGGGUUUGUGGCUGUUGAUCACAGUUUGAUUAAAGAAUUUGAAAUCUUCAAUCCUUCUCCUGUGACUGUGUGGUUUUCUCUAUCACAACUGCCUGGAGCGGUAGCCAUAUUUGGAUCACACUUCAGUUGGGAUGUCACCAGUGAGAAAAUAAUGCCUGGUGAUUCAAUCCAGGUUUUGGUGACUUAUUCUCCAACUGUGGUCGACAUAGUCUCUGUGGAGUACUUGUCUCUGAAUUAUAGAGGGUCACUCAGCAAAAGUCAGGUCAAACUCAUAGGAAAGUGUAUGGGUCCUGAACUUUGUUUGUCCUCCUCUGUGGUCAACUUUGAGUGUGUUGAAGUAAAAGGAUCAGCAGAACAAACAGUGGACUUGCUGAACUUUUCCCCUGUUCAGGCAACCUACCAAUGGGACAUAGACUGUGCAAACAGUGUUUUUAAAGUUUCACCACGAAGUGGCACUGUGCUUCCAUAUGGCCAAGUCAAAGUCAAGGUCUUAUACAAACCCACACACCCUAUGCCACACCACAGAAGAGUGGCAUGUCUCAUAUUUCUCAGGGAGCCUCUGUUUCUGGACUUGAUUGGUACAUGCCACUCAAAUCAUCUGGAGCCAGUAGCAUUAACACUUGAGCACUUGGCUGAGUACAAGCCUAAGUUGUGCUCAUCAGAGACUCCGCUGGGGGUGCUUUCACCCACAGAAGAGGAAGGAAAUAGUGCUGCUGUCAUUCCUCCAGCACCUACGGAGAAAUUUAAUAAAAUCAGGAAAGAACACGUGGAUUCUCUCUUUUCGCCAUCAUUUUCAUUUGUGUCUAUUGAACCAAGUGAACUGCUGUUUAAUCACAAAAAAUCAUUCUCUAUCGCUACAUCAUCUACUGUCUCGCAGUGUGUCACCUUUAAAAAUCGCACCAAAGAGAAACUCAGCCUGAUGUGGACCGUUAUCCAAGCUUCCCCUUUCUGUGUUACUCCUUCAUCAUUUGAGUUGGCCCCACUGAAAUCUACCACUGUGCUUGUGACAUAUGAACCAAGACAGAUCAAUGCCCUGCAUGGAGGAGAGCUUGAGUGCUUUGCAUACUGUAAGAUGCCGCAGGAGAAUCCUUCUUCAGAAGAAGUACUUCCAUGUCUGCCUUGUUGUGUGACUGUCAGAGUCAUUAGCCACUCUUUUCAGCCAGGGAAAGAUCAUUUCACCCCAUCCUGUAUUUUGAAGCCCAACAAAGUGGUGUUUCCACCUCUGAGUCUUAUUUCCUAUCGGACUGUGCUACUGCAGAACAAUGGUGAUCGACCUCUCACCUUCUGCCUGGACCACAAAACAAACAGUGACAUGCCAAAGUCUGUGCAUAUGUCACCAGGCUGUGGUUUCAUUAAGCCAAGACAACACCAAAUCCUUACCAUUGGAGCAGUCCCCACUCUGGAUAGUCCCACAGAGGGGUUUAACUUACCACUGCAGCUUAAUGCAGCUGAAUUCACUAAGGAACUGACAGUUGUGAGCUCCUUAAAAAAUCCAUGUGUGUCUUUUGAAAAUAGCAACGGUUUACAUUUCAGCGCUACAGCUGUCGGCUCAAAAUCUCAGCUCACCCAUUCCAUCAAGAAUUUAAGCAGCGUGCCCAUCAAGUUUCAGUGGAACAUUCCACAUAGAGAUAAGAAUCUUAUCUGUGUUGAACCAGAUGCUGGCAAACUGCAUCCCAAUGAGAGCUCGGUCCAGACAUGGACGUUUUCUCCUUUGACAGAAAAAACAUUCGCAUUCAAGCCCACUCUCAGGUUCCAGAGCGAUGACUUUAAGAAGUCGCUACUCAUUUUCACAGUGAAUGGAAUUGGUGCAGCUUGCACCAUUGAGGCAGAGAAAGAACUGCUAGAUAUUGGAGAGAGCUUAGUUGGAACCUGCCAGUCGGUUAAUAUUCCUAUAAUGAACAACUGUAGCUGCCCCAUCUCUUUUCAUCUGUCUCUACAGCAAGUAGAAAAUCCCCCUGACUCUGAGGAUAACAGUGCUCUGCAACUGGACUGUGAAAUAGGAACAAUUGCUUCACAUUCCACUAUGCUACUCGGAUCCACUCUUAGACUGAGUGCACAAGGCCAGUACCGCUGGGCCAUCAGCUAUCGGAUUACAGAUGCCAAAGGCUUUGGUAUAUUUCCUCCUGAGAAACUGUGUGAAAUUCAAGUUAAGGGGGUGUUCCCCACCUUACAGGUGGUUGAUGCAUGUAGCAGUGGCAGCGUGGCCAGGCUGUGCAAGCAGUAUUUGUGGAAACUCUUCUCAUUGGACAGUUUUAAUGAGCACAUGCUUUCCACCCCAUGUCCUGCAGAAAUCACUUUCAAAGACCCCACCAACUACAGUCGGAACAGUCUCUUCAGUUUCCCUCAAGUAAUAUUGGAUUUCAAUUUUGGUGCUGCUCCUCUGCAUUCAGAUCGCUCAGAUUUUAUGUUGAUGUUUUGGAACCCAGGUUCUAUAUCUGUAGACUGGACAUUCUUAUUUCCAGAGGAUCAAGAAAUGGAGCUAGAGGACUGGGCUGUGACAGGACAAUUUAGCAAAGCAGAACUGCAUCACAUGAAGGUACAAGACAAUCAACUCUUCAGAGUUACCCCUCGUUCUGGAACUUUGCUUCCAGGCCAGAAAAGUCCAGUACACUUCUGCUACAGUCAUGACUUUAUUGGAAUUGACCAACUUCCUGUUUUGUUCAAACUCAGUCUUGGCAGAGUUUUUUUGCUAAACUUUCAAGGAGUAACAUUGAACCGAAAUGAACCAUAUCUACACUUUGCUUCCAAUCACCAUGUAUUCAUGCCUGUAGCUAUUCAGGACUCCAGUCCUCCACGACAGAUAUAUGAAUUGUACAAUGGUGGUGCGGUGACAGUACAGUAUGAAGUGGACCAAGCUGUGUUGUCACAGCUUCAGAUGGAGAACUACGAUCACCCAGUCUUGAGCUGUCUCAGUCCACAAGGAAAAAUUCCCCCUGGGAAUAAAGCCAUCCUCGAAUGGAUCUUCUCUCCACUGGAGGCUAAGAUGUACCAUAUGGAUGUUCCCAUACACAUCCAGGAAAGGGAUUCUGUAAUUGUAAACUUUGAGGGAUGUGGGAUGAAUGCAACAAGCGACAGUAUCUCCAUUGAAUACAGCGAUGCUAAGACAAGUGAAAACUGUGCCCCAAAGGGGCCAUUCCCAGGACAGGUGGCUUUGUUGUCCCAGGACAGUGUCUUUAUUGGCGACAUCCCUAUUUGCACAAAGUCUUCGAGAAUCCUGUUCAUCACCAAUUACACAGAAACUGUGUACUUUGUCUGGGAGAUUCCUACACAAGGCAACCAACAAGUGGUACAGAUCCAUCCAGAACGAGGGUGUCUUGGUCCAGGGGAGUGUGUUAUGUGCAUCCUGACCUUCAAUUCUGAUUUCCCCACUGUUUAUCAGCUAAAUCUCAUAUGUCAGAUCACUCACAAAGCUGCGCUCAUCCAAUAUCACAGAGCCUUGCAGUGCUGGGAGGAAGAAAAGAAACGACAGCAAAACGAAUUCACAAUCACAGACAAGAUCUCUUCCCGCACUCAAAGAGUUUUAAUAGAUGAGAUAGUUCUCGCACCUCCUGCAAGAAAAGGGGCGCCCCUCCGAAAAUACAAGACUCUUCCUCCAAUCUGUUGCACCAAACCCGUCAGCAAUUUAUACGACAAAAAUAAGAGAGCUCAGUUGCGGCAACAGCGAGAAUCAGCUAACUUAUGGAGACGCCCCCAAAUGCCCCGACCUGCUCUGCUGCACCUCAGUGUCACUGCCCACACCUAUGACAUUCCAGACUUCUACACACACUUUCCUGAUCGAUACCUUCAGUUGACCAGGACCAAACAAACAUUAAUUAAAUCUUCAAGCACAUGCCGCCCUGCAAAGCUGUGUCCAUCAACAUGUGGCGCUGAGAGAGACAUUGUUGUGGACAUACUCACUCCUCUUUUCAAAGAUCUCCUUGAUGAUUCAGCUUUUGCAGAAUCUUUGAUGGUUUUAGCCUCCAGGCCUCCAAUCUACAAGUGUCAGACCUCUACAUCUCCCUCCGUCACUCAUCCAUCUUCACCUCAACAUUCUGGUCAGUCGAACUGGACAGUGGACAGAGAAGAAGCUGCAAUAUUUUUAGGAAAAAUUCCUCAAAUCCAGGCCACAACGGAGUCCAAGCAUGCUCCUUCUGACUUGGCUGAGAAUGUUUUGUUGAAGACACUCCAGAACUUAAUGAUGGAAGCUGUGACUGGAGAGCUGAACUUUUCGGCAUGCCCCCGGAGCAAAAUACCUUCUUUGUGCAGGACGUCGUUUGCCUAAAGGAGCAGGCCGGGCCUCAACUAUCAUAAUCUACACAUCAUUCAACCAGCCAAAAUGCCUCUAUUGCUUUCUUCUAGAUCCACCACAUGUAAAAAUCUGUAUUUCUUCUCUCCUUAUAUAGCCCCAAAAUAUAAUUAAA